AUGAUUGAAGGGGAAGACAAAAGGAUUCUUCCCUUAACUGUAGAUAGCAGUGAUUUUAUUGAUGCAAUCACCCAGUUGAAGCCAGUUCAAAUUAAAGGAGAUCCUUUACUUCAAAUUCAGCUGGUCAAAGUGUCAUCUGAAAUUGGUCACUACAUUCAAUUGGUGAAUUUAGUUGAUAUUCGAAUUGUACUUCUUGAUUUGGGCAUUAAACUAAGGAGCCCAAGAUAUCAAUCUCAGAAAAAAGUUCGAGAAAUUACUGCGGUAAUAUUGUUUCUGUGUGAAAAGAAAGAAAUUCUCAGCUUUGAUUCAAAUGCAUUGGAAUAUUUGCAAUUUCUUUUGAGCUCAUUGAGUGCUAUAACAAGAACCCUACAUUCUUUAAAUGAAGACGGAAGAGAUGCUUUUGUAGCAUCAUUUCAGUUGUUGUUACAUACAAUGAAUAAAUUGGAAACUAAUAAAAAGAAAGAAGAACUGCAGCAUACUGUUCCUUUCGUUGAAAACUGGACUAUUGUCCAUAAUGGUGAGAAUUUUUCCUGUGGAAGUAAGAAAGAUACUCAAAAGGAAUAUCAGUUUUGGGUUGAUAUGUAUUCUAUUGAUGAUCAAAGUCUAGAAUGGAAAGAAAUUUUACAAAAUAUAAUUUUUAAUCGCUUUGAAAAGAUAAAAAAUUUUAAGCUAAUGGUGCAAGUAUUUGAAAGGCUUGUGUCUUUCUCAGUUGAUGAUGAUAUAAUUGAUGUCACAAGAGAUUGCUUAGUUAAACAUGUUUCUUCAGCUAAUGAUAUGGAGCUGCAAAUUCUUGCAAAGGGAUCAUCAGAAACUCAGAAUAUUUUGACAAAUUAUAUUGAUAUGAGGUUUCCCUCAUUGCCAGAUAGCAUUGGCACUCUACUUGAAUGGGAUAUGUGGCCCACCAUACUAACAGCAUUAACAAACACAUCAUCUAGCAAGUCACAAAAUAUAUGCCAGCAUAUAAAAGAUAUUUUGGAAGACUCUCAGAGUAAACUCAAAUCUGGUUCUGUAACUGUUGAAAUGUUGCUACAGCUGAAUGAGAAAUGGGAUACACAUUUAGUCCAAAUGGUGUCUACUUUGUCAAUAGACCAACAUAAAUUUUUGGAUGAUAUACGGCUUGCUGUUGACAGGAUUCAAACUUUCAAGUUUUUCCUCAUGCUUUUGAAAAAAUUUUGUUCUUCUCUUUCUACAGCUAGUGAUCUUUUAACAAAUCAUAAAAAAUGCUUCCUUAAUUCUCUGUGCAUUUAUGAUGCUGAUGAUGGUUGGAUCUUUCCUUUAUUUCCUGAAUUUGAAGCAAAGAUGAUGACACCAAUGAUAAUACAAUUCACAAUAAUGAGUUCAGAAGAACUUACAAAUGAUAUUUUCUACUUCAAAUUGCAGCAACUAACUAAAAACGUAACACAAGAACUGUCAUUAAAAGAUGUUUAUCAUGAUCUCUGGGUACCUUUGUUUGAUCACUGCUGCUCAGUUGCUAAUGAAUUAAAAGGAGAAACCAUUACACUAAGUCGACUUAGCAUGAUUUUUGGGGGCACAGAAUCUGCUGAUUCAGAGAAAACAAUUAAGAAGCUUUUAUCAGCUGUUGAAAAGUGCCAUAUGGAAUGCAUUAACAAUAUUGGCUUGUUAGUUGAUAUUUGUGGAAAUGAUGUAAGUAAACUAGCAGAAAAGAUAGAAACUAAAUCAUUAGACACUCAAUGGGUAAAAAAAAUUGGCAGAAAGAUAACAGACUGGAGCAAUGUUCAAGCACUUUCAACUGAAGCUGAUCAACUAAUGGAAGCACUGGAAGCAUAUGAUUUAGAUAAAUCCAUAGUUCAUCACUUUUCAAAACAAGGCAUUCAGACUUUUCUUAAUGAGAUGCUUAAAUAUGUCACUGAUGAUGAUGAAAAAGUUUUAUUACUUUUAAAGAGUAGCAGACUUUAUAGUUGGAAAGUAAAAGAGUCAAUUAAGAAGUUAGGAGAGUGCAAGGAUCUUAGAUUAUUUAUCAAAAGUAAAAGUAAAGAUGUCAGUGAAAUGGAAAGAUUUAUUCAAAUUGCACUUGAUAUUGUUGCUGGAGAAGGAGCUGAAAUGCAAGAUCGAUUAAUUGACUUGUCUGAAUUGUGUGGAAAAUUUUAUCCUUUACUCUAUCAAAUUGAUUCCUCCACUACAACUCAAGAUGUUAGCACAAUCCAGAUGCUUUUUCAGCAAACAUGGGAAUCAUUAACAACACAUGAUGAUCCACUUACUUUAACAGAAUCAUGCAUUUCCCAUGCAAAAUGGUAUCAGUUCAUUGGACAGCUGCAAGGAGCUGGAGAACAAGGAACUGUAAAGCAACUCCGUGAUAUCAAUGAACAUGGAGAGUAUACAGUAUCAACUAUUAAAGAUUUACAAGAAUGUACAGUGUCGCUGGAAAUUGUUUCAGGUGAUUCUGAUGUUUCAGAUGAUUCUCAUGUUUCAAAGAAGUUUUGGACACUUGAUGACUUACAUGAGAUUGAAAGUAAACUUGUUCUAAUAACUCGUCAAACAUCAGCAUGGGUGGAUGCCAAAAAUUCAUUUCAAGAGAUGCUUGGUAAAGUUUGUCAAAUUUGUGAUGUGGUUCAAAAGUUAAAGGAGUAUGGUCACAUGAAGUAUUUAAAAUGGGAUAUGAUACUUGCAUGUUCCUAUUUUUUGGAUAAUCUAGCAAGGCUGGAUAAAGAAAUAGAAGAGCUCGAAAAAAUUCUUAGUAAAUGGAUAGGCUAUGUUUGGAGAUGUAGAUAUCAAUACUCUGAGCUUAAUUAUUACAAAACCAAUCAACUCAUUGUUUUAAGGGAAGAAUUAACAAAAGUUAAAGAAAAUGAAGACCAUCAAAUUAGCCUCCAAGUAUUCCGUUUAUUGAACAGUACAAUUGGGAAGCCUUUAGAAUCUGAACUUAUUGUUAGAAAAGCCCUGAAAGGAGAUGUUUCUCUUGAUGACAAAUAUUCAGCAACAAAAAAAGAAUUUCAUGCAACACAAUCAGCUUCACAGCCUGACCAAGUAGAAGCAGACAUUGAAUCUGAUUCAGAAAUAAUUUCAAAAGUUUCUCAAUCUUUAGUCCAAGUUCGAAAUGAUAAAUCUAUGAAUAUGCUUUAUGAAGAAUCAAAUCCAUUGGGGUAUCCAGAUUAUUUAAUUCUUCAAGCACUUCUUAAUGAAAAUAUCACAGAUAUUUUUGAUAUGAUGGAGUGGUAUGGUGAAUUGAGUGAAGAUGACAUUGAUAAGUAUAAAAAAGAAUGGAUGGUAAAUGAUGUUGAAACAAAAAAAAGCCCUCUUUCAACAGCAGAAUCUUCUCCCGAUUCCUUGUGCGAAUCCUCACCAGAAUCUUUUGUUGAUAUUGAUAUCAAUCAUGUGGCGAAGUAUUUUUUUAAAAGGAUGGAAAGCAGUAGAUUUGAAAAGACAACAAGUAUUGCUGAUGAAACUGAUUUUAUUUCAUUAGAUAAUUUGGGAAAAUGUUUACAAACAAUUGCUGCUCGACAAAAAUGUCUAAAAGAGAGAGAAUUUCCAAGGCCAUUUGAACAAGGAUUGCCAAACCUAGUUAUAACCACUGCUGAUAACAUAUUUAUUUGUACUUUACAAAUUUAUUCUGCUGGUCAAAAUAGUUCUUUACCCACCUUUGAUGAAGUUUUUUUAUGUUCUGAAUCUACUACACUGGAAGAAGUAUAA